AUGGGUGAAAUAACACACAGAAGUAACAAUGAAACAUAUACGUUCGAAACUCCUCCAGCGGAUUCUACAAUUGAAGUACUAAACGAAUUCUACUGGACGAAGGAAUCAGAACCACAUGUUACUAGAAGAAAACAAAUAUUGGCAAAGUAUCCAGAGGUCAGAAAAUUAACCGGGUACGAACCUAAAACUAAAUGGUAUAUUUUUGGAAUAUUAAUAUUACAAUUUUCAGUUGCCUAUUACUUAAGAAACACAUCGCUUUUUAGCUUCAAAUUCAUAGCUUUAGCAUAUUUGAUCGGUGCUACGUGUAACCAGGCAAUAUUCUUAGCUAUUCACGAAUUAUCCCAUAAUUUGUUAUUCAAGAAGCCACUUCAUAAUAAAUUGUUUGCAAUUUUCACGAAUAUGCCAAUCGGGAUUCCAUAUUCAGCUUCGUUUCAGCCAUAUCAUCAAUUACACCACAAGUUUUUAGGCGAUGAAUACUUGGAUGCUGAUUUACCAACCAAGUUUGAGGGUAUUUUUCUUUCAAAUGUAUUAGGCAAAGUAUUUUUUGCUAUAUUCCAGAUUCUUUUUUAUGCGUUAAGACCAAUGUUUGUCACUCAGAUCAAGUUUACCUACAUUCACUUAUUGAACAUUGCUUAUCAGGUUUUAGUCGAUUAUCUCAUGGUUCAUAAUUGGGGUGGAAGAUCCCUUGGUUAUUUUAUCAUGAGUUCGUUUUUGGCUGGGUCGUUACAUCCAUGCGCCGGCCAUUUCAUCGCCGAACACUAUGUUUUGAAUGAAAACAACACACCAAGAUCUGGAAAUUCUGAAAAGGCUACGGCUAAUAUCAGUAAGGAAUUAUUACCAGAAGAGACAUAUUCUUACUACGGUCCUUUGAACAGGUUAACUUGGAAUGUUGGGUAUCACAAUGAACAUCAUGAUUUCCCAUACAUCGCCUGGACCAAAUUACCUGAAUUAAGGAGGAUUGCAGCUGAAUUUUAUGAUCCAUUGCCUCAGGUUGAGUCUUGGUGUGGUGUGAUUUGGUGGUUUUGCUUUAGUGAUAUAAAUACUUUGUGGAAUAGAGUCAAAAGAAACGGCAAAGAAAAGCAUGGGUACAAUGUUGGAAUCAAAUUAGAUGUUAAUUGA